UUACUAUCAGAAAAAUCAAGUCACGUCUUAGAGAGGGAGAGAAAUAAUGGGAGAGAGACAGGGAGAGAAGAAGAUGGAGCAGGGACUCCACGAGGCAGCCAUUCAAGGGAAAACGGACUCACUGAAGGAUAUACUUGGCAAAGAUCCGCUGAUUCUUCAACGAGUAAUGGUGGGUUGUACCGUCCACACUCCUCUCCACGUGGCCGCGUCCGGGGGGCACCUGGAAUUUGUCCGGGAGCUGUUGAAUAACAACGAGGCACUCGCCCGAGUGCUGGACAAGCGGCGGUGGUCGGCUCUCCACCUGGCGGCGGCUAACGGAUACCACGAGAUUGUGGAAGUUUUGGUGAAAGCUAACGCCAACAUGUGCUUGACUCUGGACGGCGACGGCAGAAAUCCUCUGCACCUGGCGGCCAUGGAGGGGCACGUCUCCGUAUUGCGUGUGUUCUUUUAUAACAAUCCCCAUUUGAUUCAUGAGUUGCUCAACGCUAUAGAUGGCGAAGGCAACACCAUGCUUCAUCUGGCUGUCAAGAACAAGAAAUUUGAGGUCGUGAUGUUGUUGCUUGAUAAAAUAAAAGAUCAAGUGAAAGCGAAGAAAAUACCAAAGAAAAUACCAAAGAAAGACAACCCCUUAAACACGAUAAACAAAUGCGGGUACACGGCUCGGGAUAUUCUGGACAAAUUCAGAUCUUCUGAAGUACAAGAUAUUAAAAAAGUCAAGAAGAAGUUUAAAAGAGCUGGUGCCUUGAAAGCUGCUGCCUUGAAAGCUGCUGCCUUGGAAGCCAAAGAAGACAAUCAGGUUGAGGGGUUGUCCACGAGGCAGAAUGCGUUGAUGGUGGUGGCGUCGCUUAUCGCAACCGUGGCUUUCCAAGCCGGGGUGACCCCUCCUGGUGGUGUCUGGCAAGACAGCAAGGACGGCCAUGAAGCUGGAAAAGCUGUGAUUUCUUAUAGGGACUCAGGUGAAUAUACACUGUUCCUUUAUGCCAACACAAUAGGAUUUGUGUCAUCACUAAGCAUAAUUCUGUUUCUAGUGACCGGAUUGCCCUUCAAGAAAAAGUUAUUUACGCGGAUCAUGGUGCUGAUCAUGUUCCUCACAGUUACAUUCAUGACAUUUACAUACAUAAUUUCAAUCUUCAUAACCAGCCAUCUGGACAAGAGCGAUCUCAUUUCUUACCUGCUGAUAGCUUGGUUUGGGGUGAUCUGUGUUCUUGUGGUAAUCCACACCAUUCCCUUGCUGAUCAGGUUCUUGAAGGUCAGCAGGCAUAUAAUACGGCUACUGAUCAUGAAGUUGUUCAUGAAAUUCAAAUUCAUCUCACCUUCAAGGGACCAAUCCCUACCAACUUCAUCUAAUGGGAAUGAACCCCAGCGCGCUACAGCUUAAUGGGAACGGGAACCCAGCUUGAUUUUUAAUUAGCCUUAUCCGUGAGUUUGAAUUAGUGAAAGGAAGAUGGCGUAAGUGUUAAAUGUGUUGCCUUCUAGUUCCUGUUAUGUAAAUUGAAUAAUUCCUUUGAAGUCGAAAAACGUUAUAUAUGUUGCUAUAUUGUUUAGGAACUUGGUGUUUGGCCGUAAGAUUUGACAUUAUCAUGAAUCCAUUUCUAGCUAGUUAGCUUGGUGUCAGUCA